CCUUCCUUCACAGUAUGCGGCCGCAGCUGUUUCGUGCGGCCGCCCGGUCCGCCCGGGUUCCUAAGGUCAAUUACCCCAGGACCUUCGCAACGACAAUCCCUCGUUCCGCCGAGGUGGAACUCACAAUUGAUGGCAAGAAGGUUUCGGUAGAAGCUGGCUCAGCUCUUAUUCAGGCAUGUGAGAAGGCUGGAGCAACAAUUCCAAGGUACUGUUACCAUGAAAAGCUGGCGAUUGCCGGAAACUGUCGUAUGUGUCUCGUCGAAGUUGAGCGCGCUCCCAAGCCCGUUGCGUCGUGUGCUUGGCCAGUACAACCCGGCAUGGUCGUCAAGACAAACUCUCCUCUGGUACACAAGGCCAGGGAGGGUGUCAUGGAGUUCCUUCUAGCCAACCAUCCUCUGGAUUGCCCGAUCUGUGACCAGGGAGGCGAGUGUGAUCUCCAGGACCAGUCGAUGCGGUACGGCGCCGAUCGCGGACGUUUUCACGAAGUUGCUGGCAAACGUGCCGUAGAAGACAAGAACAUCGGCCCCUUAGUCAAGACCUCUAUGAACAGAUGCAUUCAGUGUACUCGUUGUGUCCGAUUCAUGAACGAUGUUGCCGGUGCCCCCGAACUCGGAACUAGCGGUCGCGGAAACGAGAUGCAAAUUGGAACUUAUCUGGAACAGAACCUAAACUCCGAGCUCUCCGGAAACAUCAUCGAUCUCUGCCCCGUUGGCGCCCUCACCUCUAAGCCUUAUGCUUUCCGUGCCCGCCCAUGGGAACUCAAGCACACCGAGUCCAUUGACGUUCACGACGCGUUGGGCUCCAACGUCCGGAUUGAUACCCGAGGAAUGGAAGUAAUGCGCGUUCUCCCAAGACUUAACGACGAUAUCAACGAGGAAUGGAUCAAUGACAAGUCUCGUUUCGCAUGUGAUGGUUUGAAGACUCAGAGACUUACUACACCCUUGAUCCGACAGGAAGGAAAGUUCGUUCCUGCAACUUGGGAACAGGCCCUGACCGAAAUUGCCUCUGCUCACCAAAAGCUUGCUGUGAAGGAUAAUGAAUUCAAGGCCGUUGCCGGUCACCUUGUGGAUGCCGAAACCUUGGUGGCCAUGAAGGACCUUGCUAACAAGCUUGGUUCUGACAACCUUGCGCUUGAUCAGCCGGGAGGUAGCUCGCCUAUCGCCCACGGUGUUGAUGUCCGUUCCAACUAUCUCUUCAACUCCCAGAUUCACGGAAUCGAGGAGGCCGAUGUCAUUCUCCUAGUUGCUACGAACCCUCGCCACGAGGCCUCUGUUCUCAAUGCCCGUAUCCGCAAACAGUAUCUCCGUUCCAACCUUGAGAUUGGUCUCGUGGGCGAAACCUUCGAGAGCACUUUCGACUUUGAUCACCUUGGCUCUGACGUUGCUGCUCUUAAGACUGCCCUUUCUGGGGAAUUCGGCAAGAAGCUGGCUUCCGCUAAGCGCCCUAUGAUCAUCGUCGGCAGCGCUGCGGCCGAGCACGUUAACGCGAAGGCAAUCUUCGAGACCGUUGGUGGAUUCGUUGAGAAGCACGCCACCAACUUUAGCACCCCAGAGUGGCAGGGAUACAACGUUCUCCAGCGUGCAGCAUCCCGUGCCGCAGCUUAUGAGAUUGGCUUUACCACACCUUCUCCGGAAGUUGCUCAGACCAAGGCCAAGAUGGUUUGGCUCCUUGGCGCCGACGAGGUCAACCAGGCUGAAAUCCCCAGCGAUGCAUUUGUUGUUUAUCAGGGACAUCACGGUGACCGUGGUGCUGAGAUUGCGGACGUUGUUCUUCCUGGAGCUGCAUACACCGAGAAGGCUGGUACCUACAUCAACACCGAGGGUCGUGUCCAGGUCACUCGUGCCGCUACCUCGAUGCCCGGUGCUGCCCGUGAUGACUGGAAGAUCGUUCGUGCCACCAGCGAGUUCCUCAACGCCCCACUCCCUUAUGACGACAUUGAAGCUCUUCGCGACCGCAUGGAAGAGAUUAGCCCUGUGAUGCGCCGUUACGACGUCGUUGAACCCUCUUCUGUCAACUCGUUAAGCAAGAUCCAACUUGUCGACCAAAAUAAGGGAUCUCAAGUAAAUGAUGCACCUUUCCAGAAGGUCAUCGAAGAUUUCUAUUUCACAGACUCCAUUUCCAGGAGUUCGCCGACCAUGGCCCGUUGCUCAGCUGCAAAGGCCACCGGAAACUGUGAGACGAACUUCAUGGCUGCCGGUGAAAUGUCCCCGCAGGCUCUGUAUGGCUAAGCCCCUCCCCCCCAGCGCCCUGAUAUAUGGCCUUGGUUUGUUCCUGUUUUAUCUAGGCGUUGUUGUUGUAACACCUAAACAUUGUGAUUGGUUUGCCCUGUUUAAUUGUAUUCUCGUUACCGUCUCUUUCCUACUGUAUUCGCAGUCCCCCCCCCCCCCCCCC